CCUUUAUGUCCGGAGCAUCUGAGUUAAAAGCAUCUCACGAAACGAGUCAUCAUAACCACAGACACGCAGCAGCAGCAGCAGCAGCAGCGUGCGUAACCGCGCUUUUAGCCAAGAUGACUCCCCGUUGCGCACAGGUCGUUCCCGCCUUGGCGCUCCUCUUGUUGGCGCUGAUUGGUAUUCUUCUCUUGGUCAUACCGACGAGAGAGCUGCAGAAACCGCCAGAAUUUGAGUAUGGAAUUGUCCUGGAUGCUGGCUCCUCCCACACGUCCAUGUACAUCUACAAAUGGCCCGCCGAUAAACAGAAUGGAACAGGCAUUGUCACCCAGCAUGACGAGUGCAAUGUCAAAGGUAAAGGGAUCUCAGGUUAUGCAGGUGUUCCUGGUGGAGCAGCUAAAAGUCUGGAGGAGUGUCUCCAACAGGCUGUGCGGAACAUCCCCAAGAACAGACACAGUAAAACCCCUCUGUACCUGGGGGCCACGGCGGGCAUGAGGCUGCUGGAGGAAAAAAAUGCCUCCGAGUCCCACCGUGUUUUAAAAGAGGUGGGCACCAAAUUGAAGUCGUACCCAUUCAACUUUAAAGGAUCCACUAUUCUGAGCGGGCAGGACGAGGGGGCUUUUGGCUGGGUCACUGUCAACUACCUACUAGAGAACUUUGCAAAGUAUGGUUUUGUGGGGCAUUGGUUGAAUCCUGGUAAAGACACGAUCGGUGCUUUGGAUUUGGGUGGAGCCUCGACUCAGAUAACAUUUCAAACAGAGAUACAGUUAGAGAACCCUGACAACUCCAAGAAACUAAAGCUCUACGGACAAGAGUACCAGCUGUACACUCACAGCUUCCUCUGCUACGGACAAGACCAGUUCCUGCGCAGACUGCUGGCUCUCCUCAUCACCACUCAAGGUGUAAGUAAUGGCACAGUGUUCAACCCCUGCUAUCCCAAAGACUACAGCACAUCUGUAAACCUGGAGGCAGAUGUCUUCAGCUCUCCUUGCACCAAGAAAUACAAACUCCAAACCGUAGAUCUGAAAAGCGAUGUUACACUGCAAGGCACAGGCAACCAUCAGCAGUGUCUAUCCUCUGUCCAGAAGCUGUUUUCUUUUGACAAAUGCAACUUCUCCAGGUGCAGCUUUGAUGGAGUCUACCAGCCUGCCACAUCUGGGAAAUUCAUGGCUUUCUCCGCCUUUUACUUUUUCAAUAGCUACGUCACCGCACUCACCAACAUCUCAGACCCACGGCGUAUGAAGGAGGCAAGCCAGCUUGUCUGUAACAUGAACAUCAAGCAGAUGAUGGCGAUCACUAAGCAGCCCGAAAAAUAUAUGAAGAAUGUCUGUGCUGUGUCCAAUUACAUGCAAGUUCUUCUAACAGAGGGCUACGGUUUCAACAACUCUACGCUUCCCAUGAUUGCCUUUGAGAAGAAGGCCGGAGGGGCAUCUGUGGGCUGGUCUCUGGGCUAUAUGCUCAGCCUUACCAGUCAGUUGCCACAGGAGAGACUCAGUGUGUUGAAGGCCAUACCCCCUGGACCCUGGUCAGGACUCGUGAUCCUCUUCGCUGCUCUGCUCCUUAUGACUCUGGUUCAGUUAGGUUGGCUGUUCUGUAGAAAAAACAGUCCUAAGAUGGGCGUGGUGUAAAAAAUUAUACCUUUGUGCAACUGGACACCUCUUUAAAUGGGACAUUUGUAUACAAAAAAAUUGUGGAACUUUUAUGCUAGAAGCUGGCCUGUUAUCAUCACAAUUGUCAAAUGAACCUCUUUGCAAUAUUGAAUAAUUAACUUCAGAAAUGAGA